GUAUAUAAAGGAGAGUGCAAUAUUUACACGUUUCAGUGUAGAGCAAAACAGCCCACUUUGCCCCCACUUCCUCCGUUUCAAAGAAAACUUAGGGUCUGGGUUCCUUUCCUUUCUUCUUCUUUUUCCUGUUCGUGAGCGAUUCUGAAGAGGAAAAUAUGCAGCAGCCACCACAGUUGAUGAACAUCACCACUGAGCAGAUUCAAAAGUACCUGGACGAGAAUAAGGAGUUGAUUAUGGCCAUAAUGGAGAACCAAAACCAGGGAAAGAUGGCUGAGAGUACCUCGUAUCAAGCAAGACUGCAGCAGAAUCUAAUGUAUCUAGCUAAAAUUGCUGAUGCACAGCCACAGGGAUCGGCAUCUUCCCAGAUGCCUCAACAACCCGCGAUGCAGCAAGAGCAACAUGUUCAGUCUUCACAAGCUGUAAUGGCUAAGCAGCAUUCAGGUUUCUUAGCUCCAAAGUUGCCUUACCAUUUGAAUGAUCAGCAGCAGCAGCAGCAGCAACCUGAGCAGACGAUGUAUCUCCAACAGCAGCAACUGAACCAGCCACAAGUGGGGUUACGAUCCGCUGCCCCCGGUGGCACAUAUCAUGGGGUGCAAGCUGGGAUCGGUAACAAUUUCAUGAACAUUCAAGGGAACAGACAAGAUAGCUCGGAAGACGGUGCAGGCGAAGGCUUCAGAAACUCGGCGUACGGCCAGCGCUAGACAGAACAUGAGGGGCAUAAACGAUGUAAACAUGGCUAAUGCUAAUACCCUGGUUUUCAUAUUUUGUAGAGCCGUUCCAAUACUUGUCUGCCUCUAAUGAUCUGUUUUUAUUUUGGUAGGCGCAUACAUGUGU